AUGCCCAAUGAUGAAGCCCGGGCUAACAUCGCCCUGUUUGUCAUUAAGUUAGGUAAAAACGCAGCCGAUUAUGCCGUGCAUGAAGGCGUCAAAGGGAUCCCAGGUGACAUCUCAGGUUUCCUUAAUAUGCUGAGCGAGACACAGAAAAUUUAUGACUAUACUUCUUUGUUUGGGAACCAAGCAGGCAAUCCAAUCACUCACAUCAAAUAUCGAGUAGAAGAAGACCUCGUUCUUCAUAAACAUAAGACGACAAUCAUGGACGAGAAGUCUAUCUAUCCUUUCCCUAUCAAUAAUGGUACAGUUGAAAUUUCGAGGACACUGAGAGAGGUUCCACCAAGUGAUUACCUAUUUCAAAUCAAAUUGUUCUCACUGCUUUCCAAGGCAAAAGAGAAAAGAUUUGAAUCGAGUGACUUUGAAUCUGGUGGUUACAAAUGGAAAUUGUGUCUAUAUCCGCAUGGAUACGAGAAGGAAAAGGGGAAAGGGCAUAUCUCUCUCUACUUGGCAAUAUCAGAGGCAGAUCCAUAUCCUCUUGGUUGGGAGGUUAAUGUCAAAUUCGAAUUGUUUGUGUAUUAUCGUAUCCGAGACAAGUACUUGACCCUCCAAAGUUUAAGACAUUUCCACGAGUUUAAGAGGGAGUUUGGUUUUGCCAAAUUACUUUCCCUUGACACUUUCAAAGAUGCUUCUAACGGAUACCUUAUUGAUGACUCCUGUGUGUUUGGAGCUGAGGUUUAUGUCAUUAAAUCUACUAGUAAAGGAGAGUGUCUUUCUUUGAAGGAGGAAACUUACGACAAUAGUUACUCUUGGGAGAUCAAAAAAUUUUCAGAAAUAAAAGAGGAGCGUUUGUUCUCUGAACCUUUCACCAUUGGAAAGCACAAAUGGAAGGGCCCAUCAGUAAGUGGCAUGGAUCACUCUCAAAACUGGAGACANUGUGGGAUUAUCAAGGAAUUUUCAACCAAAUGGGGAAAUUUCAUUGGAGGGAUCUCUAAAGGUGGUGGCAGAAUUUGGAUGGUUUAA